AUGGCGGCAGUAAAAAGAGAUAAACGGAGGAUUACACUCUUGCUUUAUGAAGUAGAAAAUCUUACGGUGACACUGUUGGUGUCUUGGGAAAUAGAGUUCCUGCAAGUAGUGGAGAAAGUGAAAGACAAAUUGAAGCGAUUGGUUUCCUCAAAGACAAUGAAAUGUUUCUACUUCAACAAAGACAAAACUCAUGAUGAAGUCAAGACAAGAAAGUCUGAUUCUUCUUCUUCUACUUCCACUUCCAUUGCCGGAGGAGGAGGAUCAGGAAGAGGGUCUGAGUUUAACUCACAAACAAGUACCACUACUAACACUUCCUUACACGUCCUCUCUGAGACACACAGUAACAACCUCAAAGUCUUUCCCCUCGACGACCUCAAAACCGCUACCAACAACUUCAGCAGGUCCUUGAUGAUCGGUGAAGGCGGUUUCGGUGGUGUGUUUCGAGGCAUCAUCCAAAGCCCUGAAGAUUCUCGUAAAAAGAUUGAAAUCGCAGUGAAACAGCUCAGCAGGAGAGGCUUACAGGGGCAUAAAGAGUGGGUGACAGAGGUUAACGUGUUGGGAGUAGUGGACCAUCCGAAUCUUGUGAAGCUCAUCGGUUACUGCGCUGAAGAUGAUGAGAGAGGGAUCCAACGGCUACUAGUUUAUGAAUAUGUACAAAACAGAAGCGUUCAAGACCAUUUAUCUAAUCGUUUUAUACUCACUCCUCUCCCUUGGUCUACGAGAAUGAAGAUUGCUCAAGACACUGCUCGUGGACUCGCUUAUCUUCAUCACGGCUUGGAGUUUCAGAUCAUUUUUAGAGAUUUCAAAUCUUCAAACAUUCUUCUUGAUGAGAAUUGGAAUGCAAAGCUCUCUGACUUUGGACUUGCUCGGAUGGGACCUUCUGAUGGAAUCAGUCAUGUCUCAACCGCGGUUGUAGGGACCAUUGGUUAUGCAGCUCCGGAGUACAUCCAAACAGGACACCUCACGGCCAAGAGCGACGUGUGGAGCUACGGAAUCUUCCUAUACGAGCUCAUCACAGGGAGACGGCCGUUCGACAGAAACAGGCCAAGAAACGAGCAGAACAUCUUGGAGUGGAUCAGACCACACUUGACUGACAUCAACAAGUUCAAGAUGAUCAUUGACCCAAGGCUUGAAGGAAACUACUACCUCAAAUCUGCUUUGAAGCUAGCUGCGGUUGCGAACCGGUGUUUGAUGGUGAAGGCCAAGUCUAGGCCAACGAUGAGUGAGGUUGUAGAGAUGUUAGAGAGGAUAGUGGAGACAUCGGAGGAGGUUUCUAUUGAUGUGCCGUUGAUGAAGAGCUUGGCGCCUAAAGAUGCGUUUGAGGCGACAAGGAGAGAGAGGGUUAAGAGAAGAUUUGUUGAAGUUUUAAUUGGGGUUAGUGGUUGUCCUAAUCUGCCUACUUGGUCUCCUAAACUAGUUACUUCUCUUUGA